AUGGGGUUUCUUCUGGGAUUAGAGAUUUAUUUAGAGGUGAGUUGCGGCGGAAAUUUCUUACUUUUGCCGAGCAGGGCUGGGGAUUUUUCCGCCUUUGUCGGUUGUGGGGCUGGGGGCCUUCUCAGCACUUACAAUUUUGUAUUGGACUAUGGCUUUGGAGUUUGGACCAUGAGGUGUAGGAUGGUAGUUGGUAGAUAUCUUAUGCCAAAGCUGUGGGUUGGUCUUAUUGGCCCUCUGAAUUUCCCAGUUACAUUCGUCUCUCCAGUCUCCACAAAGGAAAAUCCAGAACUUGAAAAAGAACAAACAAAGAUACAAUUUAAUUUAUUGGAUUGGAGUGCCUCCGAGAACAGUGUGAACAAUGAAUCACAUGUCUGUUCAGUCAGGGAAGAUGAAAAAUGCAAUUUUGAGAAAGAUUUCUGUGCUGCUGAAUUGAUGCCAAAAGAAAUUACUUGGUACGCCUUGUCAGCAUCUUUAGAUGCAAAUUCACUUGUACUUAUGUUGCAGGAUAUGUAUGCAUCCUGUCAAUACAUGUAUCAAGACAUGCUGAUAAUGGUUUUCUUCUAUUUGAUUCUUGUUAACUUGCUGGUCUUGAAUGCUAGGCAUUGGUCCAUUGAUAAAAAACCUAACUUACGGGAAACAGAAGAUCUAGUUGCUAAUUUGCCGGGUCAACCUAUGGUGAACUUUCGGCACUAUGCCGGAUAUGUCACCGUGAAUGAACAAAACGGAAGAGCACUUUUCUACUGGUUUUAUGAAGCCUCUGCUCUCCCUGAUGAGAAACCUUUAGUCCUCUGGCUUAAUGGAGGUCCUGGAUGUUCUUCUGUUGGAUAUGGAGCAACACAAGAGAUUGGACCUUUCCUUGUGGACACAGAUGGACAUGCCUUAAAAUUUAAUCCUUAUUCAUGGAACACAGAAGCAAACUUGUUGUUCCUGGAAUCUCCUGUUGGUGUUGGCUUUUCAUACUCAAAUACAAGUACCGAUUAUGAUAACAUAGGAGAUGACUUUACAGCACAAGAUGCUUAUAUUUUCCUGCACAAGUGGUUCCUCAAGUUCCCAUCAUAUAGAAAGCGAACCUUCUAUAUAGCUGGGGAGAGUUAUGCAGGCAAAUACGUACCUGAGCUGGCCGAACUUAUCCAUGACGAGAAUAAAAAUUCUUCACUUUUCAUUGAUCUUGGUGGCAUACUGCUAGGUAAUCCUGAAACAUGUGAUGCUGAAGACUGGAAAGGUCUUGUGGAUUAUGCUUGGAGCCAUGCUGUGAUUUCAGAUGAAACCCACAAAAUUAUCAAGGAAUCUUGUGAUUUUUAUAGCAAUGACACAUGGAGCAAUGAAGCUUGUAGUCAGGCCGUGGAUGAAGUUCUUAAACAGUACAAGGAGAUAGAUAUCUAUAGUCUAUAUACAUCAAUCUGUAUUGGCAAUUCAACAAAUUCCGAAGACAAAUCAAUGCAAGUCAUGUUCAGGAGCACUUCUAAAUUGAUGCCAAGGAUCAUAGGCGGCUAUGAUCCAUGCCUUGACGACUAUGCAAGAUACUAUUACAACAGAGCUGAGGUGCAGAAAGCCCUCCAUGUUAGUGACGGUCAGCGCCUUAGAGGCUGGAGCAUUUGCAACAUGACUAUCUUUAAUAGCUGGUCAGAUUCAAAGGAAUCUAUGCUCCCUAUAUACAAGAAACUCAUUGCUUCAGGACUUAGAAUUUGGGUGUAUAGUGGAGACACUGAUGGAAGAGUUCCCGUCUUGUCCACAAGAUACAGCUUAAGUUCCAUCGGUCUUCGCAUUACACGAGCGUGGAGGCCCUGGUACCAUCAGAAACAGGUUGGUGGCUGGCUUCAGGAGUACGAGGGGGUUACUUUUGCUACAUUUAGAGGAGCCGGUCAUGCUGUGCCCAUUUUCAAACCAAGCGAAUCACUUGCAUUCUUCUCAGCAUUUCUAUCUGGGGAGUAUCCACCUCUCCAACGUUAGAUCAAACAUAAUUGUCCUAUUUUUAGUGUACUUUUCCAAGAAUUUUUUGCUCUUCUACUACUGUUAUUCACGGCA